UCAGGCUUGGGAAGCGGAAAUCUAGCCGACCCGUGCGAGUCCGAGAGCGCGCAUGCUUGCUUUGGAAGAGGCAGCCGGAAGAACCUGCUUGAGCUGGUGGACAGUCGAAGGCCAGUGGGCAGUGAGGUGAUUCAAGAGUCCUGUGGGCUGGGCCAGCCGAGAGGCAAAGAUGGCUGAGCCAUUCUGUCAACUGCUCAUUGCUACAGCUCAGCGUCACCUGAACACAGGGAAGAAGAAAGGCUUCUCCCCUUUGUCUUCCCUGAACCUGGCUGGGGAAAUACUGGCUGUAGCAGCUGGCUUGAAACCAGCUUUCCUGUAUGAUUACAAUUCUGCAGGAAUUUCUCAGAUCUUGAGCUACAUGCAACAGCUUCAGAAGAUCAGCCAGCUUGAGUGCCGGCUACACAUUUUGAGCAUAGCUGAAAACAUCCUGAUAAUCAACUUGGAAAUACUGCUGCUAUGGUUAGAGACAAUCUUGCUUAAAAAUAAUAUCCCCUUCAUUGAUGUUUCUGCUUCUAGAAAGUGCCCUUGCCUUUGUGAUCCAAAAGAUGUAAGUCUCAUAAAAGGACAUUUGUCUGAGAUACUGAAUCAUAUAAAAGUAGUAGCAGCAGACACAACACAGACACUUUCUUCCAGUGUGGUAUUUUCUGCUGAAUGGAAUCUCUGCACUCUUUUUGGUGUUUUGCUAGGCUAUCCAGCAGCCUAUAGUUUUGCUGCUCAGAAGAGCUUUGAUAAUUGCCUUUCUUUAGCUCCACUGAGGGUGUUCACUGUCCAAGCCACAUUUUGUAAGUUAAACAGUAAUUUCAGAGUCCGAUUUUAUUCUUUCAGUAUCCCGGAACUCUUGUAUCCUGACAUAAAAAUGGACCUCGAUAUAUGGUGUGAAAAACUCAAGGAUGCCUUUAAAGCUCAGAAACAUUUUGCAGAUCUCUCUAUCACAACUGAGAUUGUUGUUCAGGCAGCAGUGGUCUUGUAAAUGUAGGCCAUGGUCCAGACACUCAUGCAACUAUUUCCUACUUUUUUUUUUUGGAAAUUCUUCAGAUACAAGCAAUUUGGAAAGUAUGCUUCCAGGAAGAAAUGGGAAAACAUACAGUGUUCUUAGAGUUGAUCUUUGGCUAUCUGUUCACCUCUAAGCUGUUUGCCUGUCUAUAUUAAGGCAAACUGUUUUAAAGUAGUAAAUAUGGCCACAGUUCUGAGUCCAUCCUGCUUCUAGUCAUGUCUAAGGGUGUAAUCCUUUGUGUGUUUAGGAGGAAGGCCAGCAUUUUCCAGCUCAGGAAUGUGUGAGUCUUCUUUUUGUCUAAACGUGCAUACGAUCGCACAAUAAUUAAUUGCAAUAAUAUGUUUUUCACCCAGUUGCAAUGAAUCCAGCUGGUUUUCACCAGCCAGAAUUAGC